UUUCUAUUACGGACCCAAAACAAACUCGCUUUUUUCCCGCAAUCCAAUAUAUCCAAUAUUCAGUAUUCAACAAGCGGUACUUAACAUUGGAAAUGUCCUGAACACCAAAAAGAACGCCGUCAAAAGUGCAUGGGUAUCAGGUUUCUCAUCACAUCUAGGCCCGGCUCGACUCUUUAAUCACUCCCUCCAACAGCUCACGGAUCUGGUUACACCCAUCAAUUCCCACGGCCAACAUCGUCUCGAUAUACGAGUAGUGCAGUUUCGAAUCCAUAGUCAAUACGGCCACCUUCAUAUCGCUCUCCUCCUCGUCCAUGUUGUUUUCUCCCACGGGUACCGAGGUGGUAGUGCCAACGGUCAAAACGGGCAGCUCUUGCUCUUCAGGAAGCGACAAAUCGAGGAGCGGGUCGAGUUCAUCAUUUCGAGGAUCCCGCGGCGUGGAGGCGCUGCCACUCAUACCAGCUGUGCAGCUAGUGAGCAGACCGGGCAUUGGGACACCGGCGUCCACAAGGGCCAAUGUGCAGGCAUUGAUCGCAGCAGAAAAGGUAUGUGUGGAGGUGCGAUUGGAAGGCCGAGCGUAGGGUUGUUGCGAUUCGCGAAGAUUGUCUGUUCCCCAGAAUGUUAGCAUUCAUUAGAUCUUAUACCUAUAGCCCGUACACAUGAAAGCCAAAAGGUUUCCAAUGAUUGGAAGCUAAUCCAGCCACUUACUUGUCACUUCCUCCCGCCCUCCGCUUACGAUCCACGCCAGCAAACCCGGCAACGUUCACGUCCACCUCGACGAUGGCACCUGCGCUGCCACCGGAACCACUGGCCUCACCACGACGACCUUCAGCAGGGCCAUGGACGGAACACAUGAUCGCAGUAUUGCCCAUAGACAGGUAUGAGGAGCCGGAACUGGCGGGGUUGGUCGAGAUCUGCGCUUGAAUAAGACGCAGCUCGUUCCAGCGGCGACCGUCAAGGCGCAGCUUGGUCAAAGGAUACGUCGUGGAGGUAUCGAGCGGCAUUCUGGCGGAAUGGAUUCGGCAGGGAUGUGACAGUUAUUAAAAAGCGAGGGCAGGCCUCAGAAAGCAAGCUCGUCAGGUGCUCGGUCCGCAAGAGUCUAGGUGGGAUGCAAAUUAGUUCUCAAAGAUCACCCAAGAAGAUCAAAAAUCAGAUAAACCCCAAUUGAGAGCGGGUUGAGUGUGUAUAAGGGUGUAGAGUAGUGGAGUUCUGCGGAGAGGAGUUUGGCCAGACAGCUUUUUUUCUCGGCGAUCGGGAAUGACAUACUUUCUCCGCCUUUGGAGCCUGCACCUGCUCACCGCGCGCAUUCACCACCUUCCCCAGCGACACUGAUCGGCUAUGCAGGGGAUAUGGGCGAUCUCACUACUGAGGUCGAUGUCAUCCACAUUGAAUCAGAUGAUGAUGACCUGGAGGUGACAGGUUAUCUGGGUGCAGGUACCAGUUACAAUAGAACACCAACCACCUUGAAACACGAAGAGCCUACGGAUGCCCCUAGCCCUAGGCUAACCCGUUCAGCUCCGAAAUCUGAAGCCUUCGACACGCCGUCUCGCCUAUCAUCGAGCACGCCGGUCAAAAUCCAAGACGAGAACGACGAUGACUUCAACGAUGGCGAAGCAGCAUACAAAAAGUUCAAAGAGCGCAAGUCCGUCAAGCGCAGACAGAGUGCGGCUGCAACUAGGAGGGCAAAGGCUCCCAAGAAAGAACACCGAGACCAGAAAAUGGUCGGUAUCAUCAAGCCAGAACGUGCACCAGCGAGGCCCAAGAGGCCAUUGAAGGAUUACGGCGAGGUCUCGUCAGAGGAUGAGCUGAUGGAGUACACUCUUCCAGACUAUCUGAAGAAUCGAAGGGCUCACUUCGAUCGGGAUCAACAAAACCUCAAUGAGCACGGCCUAAAGCUGCCUCCUUCCUACGACGAGGUUGACUUUUCCGAUGACGAGCGCCUGGAAUAUCUGCAAGAGAAGCCAUCAUUCCCUGACAGUAAGCCAGUCAGAGAAUACAAGGAUAUAACGUUGCAAUAUUCACUGGGUCUGAUUCCCGCGCCAAUUGCACAAUGGCUACGCUCGUAUCAAGUUGAAGGGGUCGCCUUCAUGCACGAAUUGUUCGUCUACCAGAAGGGAGGUAUCCUCGGCGAUGACAUGGGUCUGGGCAAGACCAUUCAAGUGAUUGCAUUUCUGACAGCCGCUUAUGGCAAAACUGGCGACGAGCGGGAUUCGAAACGAAUGCGCAAGAUGAGAAGAUCGGGUGACAACACAUGGUAUCCGCGCACGCUGAUUAUCUGCCCUGGAACUCUGAUUUCCAAUUGGAUAUCCGAGCUUCAGCGGUGGGGGUGGUGGCAUGUCGAUGUCUAUCAUGGCAGCAACAAGGACAUUGCUCUUCACGCUGCGAAAUCAGGUCGUGUCGAGAUCUUAAUUACUACCUACACCACAUACGUGAAUAACAAGGAUUCCGUGAACAUGGUGGAUUGGGAUUGUGUGAUAGCAGAUGAAUGCCACAAGAUCAAGGAGCGCAAGUCCGAAACAACACAAGGGAUGAACGAGGUCAAUUCUCUCUGUCGAAUCGGCUUAACGGGCACGGCCAUUCAGAAUCGGUACGAGGAGCUAUGGACCCUUUUAAAUUGGACGAAUCCGGGCGUUGUUGGGCCGGUGACAACCUGGAAGGCGCAAAUCGCAGAACCGUUAAAGAUUGGACAAUCGCAUGAUGCCACAUUGAACCAACUCAGCAAGGCUCGAAGAACGGCAAAAAAGCUUGUCGAAAACCUGCUUCCGCAGUUCUUCCUCCGUCGCAUGAAGACUUUGAUCGCAGAUCAGUUACCCAAAAAAAGUGACAGAGUCGUCUUUUGCCCUUUGACCUGGACACAAGCAGAAGCCUACGAGAACUUUCUGGACAGCGAUAUUGUGACUACCAUCAGGUCUGCCACUGAAAAUUGUGAUUGUGGAUCAGGGAAGAAGAGAGGAUGGUGCUGUCAUAAACUGGUGCCUGGCACGGACAAGACGUGGCAGUCUUACGUCUUUCCGGCUAUCGCAGUCCUCCAGAAGCUUAGCAACCAUCUAGCUAUUUUGAUCCCGCAAGGAAACGACGCUAAUGAGAAACAAGAAAAAGAGAAGGAGAUGCUGCAAAUAGCCUUGCCUGAUCAAUGGGAAGAGCUGUAUCGUUCCCGCGACUCGAUUGUCAACUACGCAAACCCCGAGUUCUGUGGAAAGUGGAAAGUCCUGCGCAAGCUGCUUAGAUGGUGGCAUGCGAAUGGUGACAAGGUCCUUGUUUUCUCGCAUAGCGUACGCCUGCUGAAAAUGCUGCAAAUGCUAUUCAACCACACUAGCUACAAUGUGAGCUACCUGGAUGGAUCCAUGAAAUACGAAGACCGUGCCAAGGCCGUGGAUGAGUUUAACUCUGAUCCAAACCAAUUUGUCUUUCUCAUCUCCACCAAAGCUGGCGGGGUUGGAUUAAAUAUUACAUCGGCCAACAAGGUCGUCGUGGUUGAUCCGAACUGGAACCCGGCUUAUGAUCUUCAGGCACAGGACCGAGCCUACCGCAUCGGACAAAUUCGCGAUGUGGAAGUCUUCCGACUUGUUUCAGUCGGCACCAUCGAGGAGAUCGUCUACGCCCGUCAGAUCUACAAGCAGCAACAAGCCGAGAUCGGCUACACCGCCAGCUCCGAGCGACGCUACUUUAAAGGUGUGCAAGAAAAGGCCGAUCAGAAGGGCGAGAUCUUCGGUAUGCAGAAUCUCUUCGCCUACCAACAUGAUAACGUCGUACUCCGUGACAUUGUCAACAAGACCAACGUCGCCGAAAGCCGGGCCGGCGUUCAAGUCAUGGACUUUGAGGUCAAAGAAGACGACGAGACUGAAUUUACGGGCGAGAGAAGCGUUAAGGCUGAGGAUGAAGCAAUGAGCCAACUAGCCGCCAUGGUCCGCGGUGAGACUGAUGCCGAAGGCCCGAAGGCCGAGACCGCGCGCAGCCAUGACCCGAUCCAGGCCAUUCUCGCCGGGGCAGGUGUCGAAUACACUCAUCUCAAUAACGAAGUCAUCGGCUCAUCCCGCGUUGAAGAACGACUCAGCCGACGCGCAGAGCAAGUCAUCAAUGACCCUAAUGCAGAUAUUCAAAUCUUCGAACCCUCUCAGGACGUUGGUACUGGUGACGACCCUUUCGCAGAACCACUCCAUCAACACCCGUCACCGUCAGUGUUCCGGGGUCCCAAGGGGCAGAUCAUUCGGUUCAAGUAUAACCCGCCUGAGGAUGUGAAGCGCCGUCAGUUCUGCAGCAUGGCCCGACGGCUUGGGUAUGCCGAUGCGACGGAGUUUGCAAUUGUUGUGGAGAAUAUGACGCAGGCUCAACGGAGGGAGUGUUUAGAUAAGUGGUACCAGGAGCGAAGGAAUGUUGUUCUUUCACAGGAUGACAAGGCAGAAGUCAAGGGCGAGCAAUAAGAUUGCUUGAAGGCUCGCUUGUUUGUGUUGUUUUUUUUUUAUCUCUAUCAGUCGCUUCCUCGAUGGAAAGCUGGAGGGCUGGCGUUGUACGGAUGAUACCCAUAUGGAUUUGCUUUCACAGCUCUAAGAAAUGCCUCGUUCAGACACAAUGCAAUGUACUACCAAUUAACUCGUACAGUAUGGCUCGGACCAAGGUACAAAGAGCAUUACGUAGCACAGUUCUUCGAUUCGUAGUUCAAUAACCGAUCUAGCAUAAAUUGCACAAUCCCAGAACACAAAACCCAAGCAUCUGCAAACAGUGAAAGGGGGGUAUCAGAAAAACAGGACAGCGAGGAUGGUCAAGGCCUCUACAGCCAGGCCAGAGUCCACAAGGCCGGCAGAUUGGGAUGCUUCUCCUGCCACUCCGCCAGUAUCUCCGGAACACUCUCAUCAAAGCUCAAGCGAGCAGCACCAGACCCGUUCUCCCACCCGGCAGAACCAUGCAAUUUCCGCUGCGCGAGGGCAGACUCGUUCAAGCGGUUCGCCAAAUCCAGAAUGGCAUUUCCACCGACCAGGGCUUCCUCGUGGUUAUCCUUGAUAUCGACAUUGAAGACGUGAACGGGACGAUUCAAGUUAUUACCCUUAUUCAUCAGAUCGUCCACCACGGCAUCCCAGCAUCGCUCUUCACAAGUGAUAAUCACAUCGACAACGCCACCCUCCGUCCCCAGCGCGCCCUUAUCGCCCUUGGAAAUAUGCUCGAGACGCGGCUGCCCGGGAACCCAAUCCUGGAACCGCUCCGGGCCCCAUUUCAGAUUGCGGUUGCGGUCCAGCAUAUUCAGGAUUCCGUUGUUGCGGUAUAGUCGGGGGUCUUUUUCCUCCAGUUCCUCGUACAUCUGGUUGUAGGAGGUGACGUUGAAGCUGUACACGUUUGGUUGCGUGAUCGAUGGGCCCGGGAGACGGACUAGCGAGCCCGUGCCGAAGGAUAUCACGGGAAACGCGGUUGGUGCGGUGGAUAGUCGUAGGUGAGCCUCCAUGGAGCGGUUGUUGUUGGAGGCACAGACUGUGCAGAACUUGAGCUUCCAUGGGUCGGGGGGUUGCUCGGAAUUGUCUCCAGUGACGGCGACGGCGUCUGCCGUGGCCGUCUCCAUGGCCCCGUCGGUGGUGGAAGGCAUCUCUGAGAGUGCGGAUUCGGGUGGUGGGGGAG